CGAAGAAAUUGAAGGUGCAGUAACUAGCAAGAGGGGCCGUUUCAAUAUUUUCCCUCCUCUCUCCCAAUUUGGGAUUUCCGGUCUUCAUAUAUAUUCACAGGGAACAAAGCAAUAAGCAUUUUGCAGUGGCAGAGUUAAGCGUUACAACACAGAGCCUGUAAGUAUGACGAAGAUCUCUUCUGUUCAGGCUCUUUACGACUUCUGUAAGAAGGCGUUCACCCCUUCAGGAACUUCUUCUUCUUCCUCUCAAGCUAUCCAAAAGCUUUCCUCCCUUUUAGAUAAAACUAGUCCUGCUGAUGUUGGGCUCAAGGAGGAUAACUCAGAUGAUGAUCGGGGUCAUGGCUUUUCUGGGCACAACCAGUUCAACAGGAUAGCUCGAUGGGUUCAACCCAUAACAUACUUGAACAUAAAUGAAAAUGAUAAUUUUACAAUGUGCAUAUUCUGCUUGCCAACUUUGUCCGGCAUUCCUCUCCAUGACCACCCAGAGAUGACUGUCUUGAGCAAAGUUCUCUAUGGCUCCUUGCAUGUGAAGGCUUAUGACUGGGUUGAGCCAGCUAAAAUACAAAAAAUUAGGGGACCAGGGUACCCUCCAGUUAGAUUGGCAAAGUUGACAGUGGACAAAGUUCUAACAGCAUCAUGUGGAACCUCUGUAUUGUACCCCAAAAGUGGAGGUAACAUCCAUUGUUUCACUGCAGUAUCCACUUGUGCAGUGCUUGACAUUCUUGCUCCUCCUUAUCGAGAAGCUGCUGGCAGGAAAUGUACCUACUACCAUGACUACCCUUAUUCCAGCUUCUCAAUAGAAAAUGGAGUUGACAUAAUUGAUGGAAAGGAAGAAGACUAUGCAUGGCUUGAGGAGAUAGACACACCAGAUGAUCUCUAUAUGAUCACGGGUGAAUAUAAGGGCCCAGCUAUUCAAGUUUAGCUCUUUAUCAUUGCUAACAGUGAUUGAAGUAGCUUCCGAUUUGGAAUUUUGACAAUCCUGAAAAUGGUGAAAGUUGGUGAUGUUUGUUAUGGUUUAUAGCCAUGAAAUUUGACUGCCGUAUAUAGUCUGUUGUUAAUAUAUAGUCUCCCUUUCUUUUCUCCA